GAAGAGCUUCCUGCUUCAUGUGGAAGAGAGACUAUGAAGAGGCUGUCAGCUGGUACCGGGCACAAUAUGUUUUAGCUCCGCUGUUCAUUCAUUUCCACCUGCUGAAUGAACAGCGGUGAGCGACAUCUCACCUGCGCCGCUUCUCGGUUUGUGAGCCUCCUCUCCAGGUUCCAGGUGCAACCAUGCCCGUCUCCCUGCUAUGGGCGGUGGAUGUGUACGGGCGGGUCUACAGCCUGUCCACGGCCGGGCAGCAGUGGGAGCAGUGUCAUGACACCCAGAUGGAGUUUAAGCGGGUGGCUGCAGCUCAGCAGUGCUGCUGGGGCAUCGCCUGUGACAACAACAUCUACCUGAAUGUCCACGCCUCUGACCUGCCGGUCCGCUAUCAGGAAGAGACCUACGAGAAUCAACGAUGGAAUCCUGUCGAUGGUUUCUCGGAGCGUUUGUUACCAAGCGAUCGCUGGCAGUGGAGUGACGUCACGGGUCUGCAACAUCAACCUAUGGACAGCUUCCAGCUGCCUUCCCGCAGCUGGGAGUGGGAGGGCGACUGGUACGCGGAUGAAAAUUUUGAGGGAGAGCCCACAGAGAAAGCGGGAUGGAGCUAUGCCAUUGACUUCCCCGCCACCUACACCAAAGACAAGAAGUGGAACUCCUGUGUCCGUCGCAGGCGAUGGCUCCGCUACAGGAGGUACAAAGCCAUGGACACCUGGGCUAAGAUCCCCUCACAGCAGUCAUCUCUACCAGAUCCCUUCAGCGACAUCAGCUGUGGAGGUUGGGAGAUCAAUGAGGAACCCAGGGGCCGGCUGUCACUGUGGGCUGUGUCUCUGCAGGGCAAGGUCUGGUUCAGAGAGGGAAUCUACCACCACAAUCCUGAGGGCUGUUUGUGGGAGGAGGUGCCUCUCCCUGGGGAGGUGGUCCAAAUCAGCUGUGGCCCAGGGGAUCUGGUCUGGGCGGUGCUGUGGGAGGGGCAGCUCAUUGUCAGGGAAGGCGUCGGCCGAGACUGCCCCAAAGGUACCUCCUGGACGGUGGUGGACUCGCCCAGUCCUGGGGUGGGAGCCAUACAUGUAGCUGUGGGGAACAACGUUGUUUGGGCUUUGACCAAAGACAACAAAGUGUGGUUCAGACGCGGUGUGAACUCCCACAACCCCUGCGGCUCCGGCUGGCUCAACAUGGUGGGUGAAAUGAUCAUGGUCAACGUAGGACUCAACGACCAGGUGUUUGCUAUCAGCUGCGAGGAUCGGGCAGUGUACUUCCGACAAGGUGUGACCUCCAGUGAACUGAGUGGGAAAACCUGGAAGGCCAUCACCGUCCCCAGAGACAGAGACCGAUCCCACUCCAGUGCAAGCACAAACAGCCUGCAGAGCGCUGGAUGCUACUUCUGCGGUGAGGUGCGCGCUCAGUCCGUAGUGAGUGAUGUGGAGUCAGACACAGAGAAAGUAUCUACAGAUGGAGCCAGCUGCCUCGUCGCCUUCACCUCUCCAGAGUCCUUUGCUGAUGCCCCCGCAGACCUCUCUGACCAACCCGACGAGACCCCCAAACCCCGUAUCCCCAAAGUCACCAGCGACAGCUUCAUCUCUGAACUCGUCUCUGACCGAGGACCAGGAAAAACCGCAGCAGGAUCUGCCACUCCAGCUGUUCUGGAGGAAGAGACCUGCAUCUCUGCAGAAGGAGACUCCUGUGCUGGUGUAGCUCUGUCCCCCAGCCAGUCUGGAGGUCCUCUUGACCCCCAGUGGAGUAACGUGGAUCUGGAAGAGGCUCAGGCACAGACUGGAGCAGUGCUGGACACAGCUGAAACCAGCAGCUUGUCAUCAGUGGCCACAUAUACUCUGGCCAUUGAGGACCAGUAUGUGGUAGAUGAGCACCCUCUGUGGGCGUGGGUCAGUGGAGGAGGCUGCUCUGUGGACAGUCACUCCCAACUCAGCUGGUUCAACUGCUCUUUGAACACUUCAUCUUUGAUCCAGUCAGUCCAGUCCAUGAGUCUGUCCGUCACCCCGGCUCAGACGGCAGCCUGGCGGAAACAAAUCUUUGAGCAACUCAGUGAGAGGACCAGAAGAGAAAUUGAUAAUUUCAGACAUUUUGAACAAGCCAUAGAGCAGUCUGUGUGGGUGAAGAAGGGAACCAUGCAGUGGUGGAGAGACUGGAAGCCACACAAGUGGAUAGAUGUUCAUUUUGCCCUGGAGCAGUUCUCUGGACCGGAGGGUAACAAGGAUGGCAUCCUUUUCAUCUAUUACAACUUUUGUGAGGAGAAGAAGUACCUACACGCCUUCGUCAACGAGGUCACCAUCCUGGUUCCUGUGCUAAGUGACUCCAAACACACUUUUGCCAUCUACACUCCUGAGCGUACCAAACAGAGGUGGCCAAUCAGAUUAGCAGCAGCCACAGAGCUGGAGAUGCAUGACUGGCUGGCGUUGUUGAGCAUGUCGUGCUGCGACUCCAGGGGAAUCCAUGGUCCUCCCUCUAAACAGGCCAUCUGGUCAAUCACCUGCAAAGGGGACAUCUUUGUCAGUGAGCCCUCUCCCAGUCUGGAGGCCAUGCCUUACCCCACACCAUGUGACCAGAUGUUCUGGCGGCAGGUUGGAGGUCACCUACGCAUGGUGGAGUGUAACAGUGUUGGCAUAGUAUGGGGGAUCGGCUACGACCACACUGCCUGGGUCUACACAGGGGGCUAUGGUGGAGGCUUCUUCCAGGGACUGGCCAGCAGCACAGAUAACAUUUACACACAGUCAGAUGUCAAGAGUGUCUACAUCUACGAGAACCAGAGGUGGAACCCCGUCACGGGCUACACCAACAGAGGGCUACCCACAGACCGCUACAUGUGGAGUGACGCUUCCGGACUACAAGAGUGUUCAAAAACAAAUACGAAACCUCCAUCCCCCCAGUGGACAUGGGUGUCUGACUGGGCUAUCGACUACAGCGUCUCCGGGGGGACAGACAGAGAAGGCUGGCAAUACGCAGCUGAUUUUCCAGCGUCAUAUCAUGGCUAUAAAACGAUGAAGGACUUUGUGCGUCGCAGGCGAUGGGCCAGGAAGUGUAAAUUGACCACCACAGGACCAUGGCAAGAAAUCCCACCCAUACCACUGAGUGACGUGACCAUCCUGCCGUGUGCGGCUCAGAGCAACGUGGACGUGGUUCCUCUGUGGGCCAUCAGCAACAAAGGCGACGUGCUCUGCCGACUGGGCGUCACCACACUGACACCUGCCGGAUCCUCAUGGCUCCAUGUGGGAACUGACCAACCUUUCAAAUCCAUCUCCAUCGGGGCUGCCAGCCAAGUUUGGGCCAUCGCCAAGGACGGUUCUGCCUUUUACAGGGGGUCUGUCUCUUCACAGAGUCCAGCAGGAGACUCUUGGUACCACAUCCCCUCCCCAUCAAAACAGAAACUGAAGCAAGUGUCUGUUGGGAGGACAUCAUUGUACGCUGUAGAUGAAAAUGGUAACCUGUGGUACCGGCAGGGUCAAACCCCCAGGUACCCUCAGGGCUCCUCCUGGGAACACAUCUCUAAUAAUGUACGCAAGGUCUCCGUAGGGCCUCUGGACCAGGUGUGGAUCAUAGCGGACAAGGUGCAGGGUAGCCACAGUCUGAGUUGUGGAACGGUGUGCCAUCGACUCGGAGUCCAACCUAUGGAGCCAAAAGGACAGUCGUGGGACUACGGCAUUGGGGGUGGAUGGGACCACAUCACAGUGAGGGGGAACUCCAUUGAGCCACUGCGGGUCCAUCUUUCCCCUCAAACAGACCCGUCUACCCAAGUGUCUCGGAGUCCCCUCCCUGUCAGGAACACAGAGUUUAACAGCAAUGCUGUGGGAAGUUAGACACACGUAAACAAAGUAAGGCGCACACAUGCCGUGCAGAUACAGAGCCAUCCUGAACCGUUUUACCUUUGUGGUAAAUCUUUGUACAUAAUUCAGGUUCAAACUCUAGAAGACAACCUCUACGAGUGCACACUAACAGACAGUUAGUUUUUGGACAUUCAGAACAAUCUUCCAAUGCUGAGCUGAAUCUGUUUCCUUCUCUCUGAAGACGACCUUUAGUCUUUUGACCUUAAUGUUCAUUUUACUUAAUUUCCACUGUGUUGGUAUUUCUGUCUUCUGUUUCAUUUUUUUUUUUGCCACUGAUGACAUUGAGCUCCGGUCUUAAUGCAUUUUUUAUUAUUUAUUCAUCAAGAUGUGAUGUUUCUUUUGGGUUCUGUGUAUCACACGAUGGUGAGGAUGGAAGGGAUGUUUUUUGUUUUUUUUUAGAAGAUAUUUUAUGUUUGUCUGUUUUUUUUAAAGGGAAACAAUGCUGUAUUAGAAUUUCCAGCUGCUUAGCUGCCAAAUUGUCAACUCCAGUGCUCAAUUGCGUACAAUGAUUAUGUUUAACCUUAUCCUGCAGGCAACAGGUUAACACGUUUCAACAGAGUGAAGCCGGAUGACGCUGGAAAUAGAAGAACAUGGAUAACUGGAAAGAGACGAUGUUGUCCAGACUUUAAAAAAGUGUCCUCAAAUUAGAUGUCAUCUGUUGGUUUCUAAUUUUGUAGGUUUCUGAAAGAACUUCUUGAAACUUAAAUUUGGUUUUAUUUCGUGCAAAAAUCCAGCAAAUUGUUUGGAGCCAGAAAAUCAAAUUUAGAGUAAUGUGGUGAAACCUGUGUGAAGUUUGGAUGGGCGAGGAGCAACCUGAGUGUGAAAGGCUGAAAAUCCAAAACAAGUCUGUAACGCUUCGUGAAAAAAAUGUGACUUUUUUUUUUAGGUAAUUUAGAGGCUUUUCCAUUGCCUUUAAUACAGUCAAAGUGUUUUUCAGUGUCAGCAACUGUUAACAAGACCUGCACUGGUUCAUUUGUCUGUGGUGGUUGCUGCUUGCCUUGUACAAACAUCUGUGCAAUGUUUUUAUAAAGGUUUUAAUGUUGUUUUCUAACAAAACGGUAUCAUUGUCAUUGUCAUGUGACGUAAAUGAAAGAAAAGUCUGUAUUACUUGCAAAAAGUCUUGUGGUUGAAAUGCUGAAAAAUACUGAACCUUCCUCUUUCUCAGGAGAAUGCUUGCAUUUGCACGCUGCCUACUCCCUUUGGACUGAUAGUAGAAACACUAAGCAGUGACAGAAAAACAUUUAAAAAAAACACUAUAUUUUUGUUAGAAAUCUGUAAGAUAUUAGUAUUAUGCAGUAGGUAUAGUCGUAAUAUAUUAAGAUGGAGUCGUGUUUGUAUAUUUGACAAAGAAAAACUGAUCAAAGUAGUUUUCCAUUAAGAAAUAUUCAUGAACCACACACUGAUGAAUUUACAUCCGUUCAGUUAUUAAUUUCUGUGAGCUGAAAAACCACCAUUUCAUAAUGUACUGUCUAAACAUGACGCAGCAUUUGGAAAUGUUGAAAGUGUACAGAUGUCUGCGUGUAUUAUCUGUGAACUAAUGCCACGCUGUGUCACAUCAGUGCUUUUGACAUUGUGGAGUACAUUUCUGUGUUGUGCAUGGUCAAAAUAAGUCCUCCUUGUCAAUAAAUAAACAUAUUUAUUGAUAAAA